AUGGACAAUGCUGCAUGGCUGGAUGCCCAAACGAAGGCAAAUUUUCACGAUAAGUUAUCCAAUAUCAUCGUGAACAUCGCGGGUCCCUCCUGGGUACUCAAUAACAAACUACUGGACCAACAUUACCGCAAUCUGUCGAUAGUCAUCAAACCAAAGGAUGAUUUUGUCAAAUGUCUUAUAACGUUGACGGUGUUUCGUCAGGACGAAGUGUACGACACCCUUAUGGACGAGCCAAAGCGAAAAACGACCCCCUUUUCGUCGGCCGAAGUGAAUGCUUGGUACUUGAAGCAAAGAAACGCAGUGGACAUACCGGCAGCAAUUAUGAACCCCCCUUAUUUUCGAGGCGACUUUCCGAAGGUGGUCAAUUAUGCGUCGAUCGGCACGGUCAUCGGUUACCAGAUGUCUGAAGCGUUCGGUCGUGAAGGUGGCUAUAGCAACGGUACGUUGGUGCAAACGAUGACCGCGUCAUCUCGCAAGGGCUUCGAUGAAAUGCAACGAUGCUUGACCAAUCUGUACACAGCCAGCUGCUACCUGGAUAUUGACUCAUGGGUAAGCGGCGAGAAAACUUUCGAUGAGAACUUAGCCGAUAAUACCGGACUGAAGAUCGCUUAUAACGCGUAUAAAAACACCAACGACUCAGCCUUCAAACCAUUGCCAGCGUUGAAGUUAUAUUCGGUAGACCAGGUCUUCUUUUUGUCGUUUGCCCACAUGCUGUGCGAAAUUCGGCCGCCUCGAAACGUUCCUAAUCACUUAUACAACGACGGCCACAGCUCAGCGAGGGAAAGGACUCUGAACACGUUGAAAAACUUCCCACCCUUCGCCGAAGCGUUUCAGCGACCGAUUAUUUGUUCCUACUGCUAUUCAGAUGUUCAAAAGCGAGUGACCCGGCCAGCGCUGGAAUCUAAGACCUCUCGACUGAGCUGCCUGAUCAUUGGGCUGGAAUAUUUUGAUAUCACGUGUGAAGUCCCGGUCACUGUCUCUACAGAAGACCACCGGCAUAAGUAG